AUGCUCCCCAUUCGGAGAUUAAAGGGUCAGCCGCAGCUGUGGCCGAUGAGUGCAGAGCCUCCUCCUUGGGUCUGGGUCCUCCCGGCCACCUCCGGGCUCUGCAGGAUGGGCGCAUCGGCACCCCCUCCGUUCCUAAUCUCCUCUCACCCACCUCCGCUGCUGCAAGCGGUUUCCACGAGCUGGCAGCUGUCCUGUGAUCCUUUUCUGCCUUUGAUGCGAAUACCGUCAGCACCAGAACCAACUCUCCAUCAGUUUCCCCUGCCGAGUGUUCAGUGGGAGCUGCCAUCGCAACGCCCGGUCUUGGGCUUUCAGCCUUCCACGACCGUGGAUUUGGUCCCGGUAUUCCCCCAUAUUUACCACUCGGUCCUACCCCCUCCUUUUGGCAAGGGAUGGGUUGAAAAGAGGCUUCCAGAAUACAAGGUUUAUGUAAACAAUGCACUAACCUUGGACACCACCUGGCCGGGUCCGGAGGAUAUAGGAAUUUUCCAGAGGCACGAGAAACCUCUGCUGAUGACAAAUCAAAUGGCAAUGAGCAUAUCUAGGCCAACCACUGCCUCCAGGAAUUUUCGCACUCUGUUUGUGUCACCUCAGCGUAUAUCAGGGUGUCCCGUGGCCAUCAAGAGGGUGGGAAGCCACAAGAGGAUCGCGUUGGCGGCGGCGGCCAUGAUGGCCAUAGAGUCGGACAGCGGACCUUCACCGACCUCGUCCAGCCAGCCCAUCCGCCUGCUUUCCCUGACCCCAAUCAGGAUCCCCAUCCUGUCCGCUCCAUCUAGCUCUAACAGAAGGCGCUGGCAAGGACGGCUUGGCCCAGUACUGCCAGCGCAUAUUGCCAGGGUGGCAUCACUCUCCGCGCCAGGAGUGACUUUUCUGGCUGGUGAUUGGACAGAGCAGCCGGUGACAGAUAAAAGCCUAGAUAUGAGGAAAGCCCCAUGUGCUGGGACCUUGGUGCUGCACGAUGAUCAGAAGCCUGAAAAGAAAAAUGAGGUGGAACCACUGAAGAUCUCCAUGGAAGAAGAUAAUGCACCAAAAGACAAGAGGCCCGUGGCCUCCACGCCUGUACCCGGAUCACCCUGGUGCGUGGUGUGGACUGGGGAUGAUCGGGUGUUCUUCUUCAAUCCCACAAUGCAGCUGUCUGUUUGGGAGAAACCAGGGGAUUUAAAAGGCCGUGGGGAUCUAAACAGGAUUCUUGAAGAUCCUCCACACAAGCGCAAAAAGGAUUCAUUAUCAGCUGAAGAAGGGUCCAACUCGUCCUCUGGCAAUGAUGAGGACGGCGAGGAGCACACUGCAAAAACUAAAAGGAACAAAAUGGAGGAUCCCAUUGAAGCAGAUGAAGAGAACAACAUGGGGGAGGAAGAAAAAUGUGCCAAAACCUUUCCUCAUCGGACAAUUCUACCCUUGGAACUGAGGAUCGCCCACUUCAGGGAUAUGCUUCUUGAAAGAGGGGUUUCAGCAUUCUCUACAUGGGAAAAAGAGUUGCAUAAAAUAGUGUUUGAUCCACGAUAUCUCUUACUAACAUCAGAAGAAAGAAAACAGAUCUUUGAUCAGUUUGUCAAGGCUAGAAUGAAAGAGGAGUACAAGGAAAAAAAGGGAAAAUUACAGCAGGCUAAAGAGGAAUUUAGAAAACUUCUUGAGGAGUCCAAAAUUACAUCCAGGUCAACUUUCAAAGAAUUCUCAGAGAAGUAUGGCAGAGACCAACGAUUCAAGCAAGUUCAGAAAAAGAAAGAUCAGGAGCACUUCUUCAAUCAGUUUGUCAAUGCACUCAAGAAACGAGACAAAGAAAACAGACUAAGACUGCGGAAGAUGAGAUGAGAAGCCACAAGCUUUGUGAUGAACUAUUCCUUAAACUGUGAAGGGGUUGCUGACCACUAAAUCAGAUUGUCAAUUUUGUAAAGUACCUGUCAAUAUCCCUGAAUCAAUACAAGGAUGAAGCAGACAAAUAUGCACCCAGUACAUCUGUGCACUGGUGAUGCCUGGCUUGACUGUGUGGAAUAUGAAGUCAAUGCUCAGCGAUUAAAUGUUUCAUAUUGAAGCUCUGUUUUAAAAUUCAGUGUUUCACGUGCUCAACUCUCAGUGAAAAACAUGAAUUUAGCAUUAAUGUUGUUAAGUACAAUACAUAAUUACAUGUAUAACUAUCUUUGAUACAGUAUGCAUGUGUAUGUCUGAUAAGCAACCUGUUCUCACAACCCGUUCAUAUCUAUCCAGUGAAUUUCCAGGCACCCUAAAAUUAUAUGAAUAUGUUAUCCUAUGAAUGAAUGAGUCCUCACAAUAAAGAGAAGCCAAUGAUAUUUAAUUUCCAACAUACAUGUUUUAUUUUAUUGUUAUUUCGUGAUUGGUUUUUAAUAACUAACUGGUUUUUGAAACUUUAUCACGUCUCCUUUAUCUGUGUGGGUGGCUAUCUCCAUCCCACGUGCCAUGUCCCAACUGUGUUGUGUUACUGCCAAGCAAGGUACCCAGCCAUUAUUGGUGGCUUACCUUUUAGUGAAAGAAAAUUUUUAUUCUGUUUUGUAUUUAUUCUGAGAAACUGAUCAAGACAUGCAAUAUGAGGAGGCCCUCAUUCAUAAGAUCGGUACAAAUUUCAUUGUGCUAGAAAUUCAUUGAUUAUUUGGGUUGUGAGACCCGGCUUACAUAUGUACAGUCAGAUCCAGAAUUAUAGGCACCCUUGAUGAAUCAGCACAAAUAAUACUGUCAACUAAAAAAUUAUACUGUUAUUGACAUAAACUUUAUUUUCCAAAAUGUGUGAAGUAGUGUGCUUUAAUGAUUAAAGAAUCUAAUAAAAAAUGUAUUUCCCCAAAAAACAGGUUUCACAAUUAUUGGCACCCCAGGUUUACUUUAUACAACUUCCUCUGGCAAAGGUGACAGCCAUGAGUCUUUUCCUAUGUCAAUGGUUAGAGAAUGGUUAGAUAAAGUUAGAUAACACAUUUGGAGGGAUUUCACCAUUCCUCCAUGCAGAACAUUUAAAGAUCAUUCAUAUCCUUGAGUUUGCACUCAUGGAUUGCCCUCUUCAGUUCAGACCACAGGUUUUUGAUGGCAUUUAAUUAUAGAGAGUGAGAGCCAUUGCAGAACAUGGAUGUUGUUUUCACUUAACCAUUUCUGUGUAGAUUUUCAUGUGUAUGUUUGGAAUCAUUGACCUUGUGGAAAGUCCUGCUAUGACCAAGUCUCAGCUUCCUAGCAGAGACAACCAGAUUUUCCACCCAAAUUUCCUGGUACUUUCUGUAAUUCAAUAUGAUUUCAUUCAAUUAAAUAUGCCAUUGAAAAUUGAACCCCUGUACCACUGGGUGUAUGGCCAAAACAUUUAAUCUGACCAUAGCACUCUCUUCCAGUCAUAAUUCCAAUGACGUUUGGAAAACUCCACAUGCUUAAUUUUGUUUAUUGUGCUCAUAAGGGCUUUCUUCUUGCCACCCUUCCAUAGAGUUUGUUAGGAUAGAGGUUUCUUUUAUGGCUUUUUGAGACUUGAUGACCCCAAGAUUCAACUGAUCACUGCAAUUAUUGAGCCGUGGUCCUUAGUUUCUUUAUUGCUUCCUUCUCCAGGAAGCUUACUGUCUGUGGGAACAAUGUGGACUUGCAUCCUCUUCCUGGCAAGUUUGCAACCAUUAGAUUUUUUCCAUGUUUUCGUAAGUGCCCUGAAGGUGCUAAGUGGUGUGGUAUGUUUAACUGUUUAUGUUGGCAUUACUAUCCGGCAUUACCAGAAUUGUGGCAGUCAAUUACCAUCUGUCUCUUCUGUAUUGACAGUUCUUUGGAUUUUCCCAUGCUAAUGGCUGACAAAGGGAUUUUGCAUACUUUACCCCAUUUUUAUACUCUAAACAGGAAGCCAUGACACAAUGUAGUUCCUUUAGACUGAGAUGAACUAAAUUAGGUAAAAUUGUAUAGCUUUUUUAUUUUAUUCAUGAUAAAUGUUAGGGGUCCCUAUAAUUUUGACACUUAUGGUUUUCAGAAAAUAGAUUACUGAAUAAAAAAUAUUGAAACAUGAGAGUAAGUGGAUUGAAAUAAAAUUAUAUUGUUUUCCAGUAUGUUUGAACAUAACAAAUAGAUUAUUGUCUGUGAUGUUUAUUAUGUGCAGCCUUUUUCUUUAUUCUUAUCAGGGGUGCCAAUAGUUCUGGAGCUGACUGUAUGUGACCACAAUACACAUGCCGACAUACAUAUGUAAAUAUACAAGGAAUUCUGGAUGUUUGAUGAUGCACACUAAAAUUUUGGAAAAGAAUUAACAUUUUAAAAUAUUGAAGAACAAAAAUAUUUAUUAAUGGUAUUGUGUAUUGAUGGAUUUUCUGAUGUUGUCUAAAAGUGCAUUGUGGUUAAAAACAAACAAUGGUAUUGUAUGGAAAGAAUAUUGUUUGACAUUACUUAAGAGAGUUUCGGCACUGUCAUCAUUAAUGUAAAAAAAAGCUAAUAAAUGUGCAUUAUGUGUAGGAAGACAUUCUGAAAACUAUCCUAAAGACUAGUAUUCGUUUUGGAUUUGCAGUGGUUUGUUUGUUAAAAUGCUAGAUAGGUACUAAUUGAUUCUUUUACUAAGUAAUGUUUUCUCAUUUAUUUUUCAAUUAAAGGUUUUGUGGAUUCUGUGUUGAUACAUUAA